CAGUCGGCGCGCUCAUUCGCCGCUAUUUAAACAAUACGGGAAGUUACCCAGUCCUCUCAUCACCGCACAAAUUAAAUACAUCUUCCUGAAUUACCAACGCACGGACACCCAUCAUUCUAUCAUUUCGCGCAGACAUCAGCAAGCGGCGCCCGAAUUUAACAUGUCUCGUCCCGGACCCCGACCCGGCACCUCUACGGCCUGCUGAUCUUCAACCGAGAGGCUUCGGGCUGAAGAUCCAGGCGAGGUCGGUCGCGCGUCGGGACUCGGUCGGCGCUAUCCAGAGGGAAGGAAGCGACGGCGCCCGGCAAGGAUGGCUUUUGCGACCUCUGCGCUCGUCUUGCUGUCAUUCUGGGCGCUCGUGUCUGCCUUGGACGCGUUGAUCCGGGCGAGCUGGCUGGGUACGCGGUACGAGCAUUGGAUGACAACGCACAGCGUGGCCGUGUCGCCUGGGCACGUGCGUUGGAGCAGCACGAUACUCAACCGGGCCUUCCUGCGAGCCGGACACUGGCGCCCUCGACUCCUGCACAUCUGGUUCACGGCGGGGCUGGUGUUUGGGCUGGCCGGGAUGGUGCUGUCCGUGGUGCUGCUCACUAGCAACCUCGCCAGCAUGCUGAGGAUCCUGCUUUUCCCGGCGCCAGCCCAACAGCAACAGCAGCAGCAGCAGGUCCUGCAAGUCAUUGUACCAGGUGUGAACUUGCCGCUGUCUCAAGCCUCUUACUUCUUCCUCGCCGUGCUGCUGAGCGGCGUCGUGCACGAAUUCGGCCACGCCGUGGCGGCAGUCAAGGAGCAGGUUCGCGUCAACGGCUUUGGCUGUUUCCUGUUCGUCCUCUACCCCGGAGCCUUCGUGGAGCUGCACACUCCGCACCUGCAGCUCGCCUCCCCCAGCCAGCAGUUGCGCAUAUUCUGCGCGGGUGUUUGGCACAACUUCGUGCUGGUGGUGGUGGCCGCGCUGGCGCUGCUGCUCAUGCCCUGGGCACUGGCGCUGUUCUACCGGACCGGCGCCGGGGCCCUCGUCACGGCCGUGGUUGAGGACUCUGGUGUGGGCGGCGGGCUGGGCCUGCGCGUGGGCGACGUGGUCACGACGGUGGGCGAGUGCCGUGUGGACGGAGCUGCUCGCUGGGCCGGCUGCCUGGUGGAGGAGGCGGCCAGACCGGCGCGGGGCUUCUGCCUGUCGAGCACCAGCCUGCACUUUCUGCUGCUGCAGCGGCCCGCACCCGUGUACCGCCGGGACGACGGGAGCGUUGAGUGCUGUCGGAACGGCAGCGAGACUGACCUCUGCUUCUCCUACUCCUACUCCUCUUCCAACGCGAAGGAUUAUACUACCAAGUAUGCGUGCCUGCCGGUGCGCAGGGUUCUGGGCGAGAGCCGGGCGUGCGGGAGCAAUGCGGAUUGCCGGGGAGCGGCAGCAGCGGCGGCCGGUGGAGGGGGCGGCGGUGGCGGCGACGCCGGCGCGCUGUGCGUGUGGCCGGCGCUGGGGAACGGCACGCGGCUACUGCGCGUGGUGCACGCGCCGCGGCCGCACACGCUCUACGUGGGGCACCCCCUGCAGCCGCUCUACUCGGUCACGAUGAGCGACUACGUGCCGAGAUUCACCUUCCUCUCCAUACACCUGCCUACCAUGCUGGAAACUUUCUGCAAGUACCUGGUGUCGCUGUCGGGAGCGCUGGCGCUGGUGAACUCGGUCCCAUGCUUCGCCCUCGACGGACAGUGGAUCCUGACGGCGCUGCUGGAGCUGGUGCUGACGGGGCACGAACGCGUCGCCUCCUUGGUGCUGCUGGGUGGCACCGCUCUGCUGGCAGGCAACGUUUGCCUAGGGAUGUGGACGUUGGUCGCCGGGCAGAUGUAACCGGCAGAUGUCACCGGCGCCGCCACGGUGGCGAGAUGUUUACUGCCUCGCCUGGUGUACAGGAGGUCGUGGGUACGAUCCCGACCCUGACGCCUGCUGCUGUAUAUUUGGAGUCCGUGUGUCUGUCUCCCCGUGGUCACGUGGAUUUUUCCCUCUGGUUUUCCCAUCCACAUGCAGACUCGACGUGUGUUGAGAGUAUUUGGCCGCUGUAAAUUCCCACGCGAUAAGCCCACUCCGUUGAGCUGUCAUUUGUUAUCGCCAGGUCGCUUCUGAACUCGAGCUACACAGCUCAGUGAGGCCUUACCUGGUCAAAUAAAAACACAGCAGUCGCGGUGGCAGCAACCGCCGGUGCCGCCAGGCUUGCGCGCGCAGGUGAGCCGUCGUGUAUUUUUAUUAUUUUUAUUUAAAAUGGCUUGUUGCGAAAUGAAGAAAAAAUUUAACGGGUAGCGUCGAUAACACUGUGUGGCCUUGCAAGGAAUAACAAGGCGUACGAUGAGCGGCGUUUUGCAGGCAACGGGCGUUCUCCGUAGCGCGUUGCGAAGCGCCAACAUGCGCGGAGACUUGGGAGGUCUCGCCGUGUCCACAACUGUUGAUGCAAAUUCUAGAUUUGAAGCUUUCGUGAAUGCAAGGAUUCAUACUCUUAGUUCUUUCGGUAAAGUCACGUAGGUAAAAAAUUAAAUUUAAAUUAAUAAAUAAAAAAUAAAAAUCACGACGUUUCGGAGGCAACACAAGUCUCCGUCAUCAGGUGGGACCGUCACAGCCAGAUUUGCUGCGUCAGCAAUUUUAAUUUUUUAUUUUAUUUUUAUAAAUUUUAAUUUCAUUUUUUACCUACGUGACUUUACGGAAAGAACUAAGAGUAUGUUGAUGCAAAUCCCAGGGCUUAAAUGGUCAUGGAACACUUUCUGCACCACCCCCCCCUACCCCCUGCCUGCCUCCCGGGGAAAACAGAAUGGCUUUGGUGGAGUUGAACGGGCGAACAAGGAAAUAUUUUUCAGAGCUCAGCCCCAGACAGCUCCUCUAUUGAACUUCAGCCGCCGAUGGCCACCACACCUCGGCAAUCCGUUCUCGCCCUCUGGUCAGAUCCCACAGAUGCGGCAGGCACAGGAGAUACGCGGCGAUCGCUCUUGUUCCCGCCUAAGCGUACCCCACCAUCUGGUCUCAAGGUCUUCUCUUUCCCCUUGGUCAGAAAGACGACAAAAAAUGCGUGUUCGUUUUAGUCCUCCACAAUUAUUCGAGGCCCACGCACGAUCAAAUUUUGUGUUGUUGUUCGCGUUAGGCCGCGUAAACGGAUCUGGACAAAUUCGUGCCGUACGAAACCCCUCCAGCGCCCGACCGCGGGUCAAACGGAAUAAAAUUGCUACGUGGGUGUACGAGCGUCGGAAGUGAAUGACGUGCCAAUUUUCCCGAUCGUUUCAGCUCGCUCACCGGCGGCGAGCUGGAGAAUGAUUCUCGCAGCCACGCGGGCUAAGACCUUUUGGCGCUUGCUGGACGCGUCUGGCUGGAGGUUCGCAGGCGUGUUUACCCCCAAGAGGAAACACAUCUGGUGACUUUGACAGAUUUGUCGUUUUAAUCGGAACGAUUUUUUUUCUUUUUACAAUGACAAUAAACUUGCAAAAAGUU